UUCAUACUGUGGUCUGUGGACACGGCGGUCUACAUUCUCUCAGCACAGUUCCGGGAUCCAUUUCGAAACAUUUCUUGGCUAGCAAAUCGCGCAUGCUCGUCUCGCUAACCUAAAACGACAUCGAGCACACAGAAAUCAGCCAUAAUAAUGAAAACUCAGAAUAAGUAAGCCAAAUUCUGGAAGUGAUCUGUGGUGCCUGUUGUGAAAUAUUGACUGCAGCGCUAUUGGUUGUCAGUAUCCAUGCCUUUCUGGAAACACCUUAGUUCAACUCCGGACGCUUGCAGGGUACGAUGUUUACCUUAGUCUAACUCCGGACGCUUGCUUGAUUUUUGAGGUUGAUGGAUUGGCGACCGAUAUGUAUGGCUUUUUGCGGGGGACAAAGCCAAGUGGCUUGAACUUGUGGGUCACUUUCUUGACGGAGGACAAGUUCGUACCAAACGAUACCAGUGACGAGAAGCAAUGUAGCCUUCCUGAUAUCGGACAGGAUGGACAGAGUGAAGAUAAAGAGAUAGAGGAAGAAGAGUAUUACUACCCAUACAUUCGUCUGUAUGCCGACUGUGAAGAUUUGGGAUAUGGUGACGGUAUGCCAAAGGCCUGGAGACAGUACUGUAAGCCCAGUUCAAAAAUCCCAGGCUAAGUCAAGUUAGCGGCGUGCAGGAUACCGCUUAUUGCACGGCGAGCUAGCAGACCAUCCAAUGUCAAAAUGAAUAUCACCAAACUGGUGCUUUUUUGAGCGUUUGAAAAAACUUUUAUAUUAUUGUAAAUUACGCAUAUUUGUCAAACCAUAUGUACUGUUUUUACUACCUUUAUCAUUCUCGUAAGAAAAAAGGUUAGAAUACAAUUGUUUAAUCAUUAAACUUGAUUACCAUUGUAAAAUGAAAUGUAACUGUACAGAAAAGGUUAUUAUGUUUGAAGGGAAAUUCACAAAAGGAGUUCCGUUGUACCACAUUCUUGACAUCAUUUGAUUUGGCGAGGUGACACUUUUAGGGUUGAUGUGGAGAAAUAAGUACAAAGUUGAGGUUCAGUUUGAGAUUUUCAAGUCUGUGGUGUUACCUGUUAAAGAACAAUCGCUAUCAUGUUGAAUUCACAUUACUUCAAAAACUGCGAGGAAAAACGACGUGAAAAUGACCACGUACAGUAUAUAUUACAAUGUACAUUAUGCAUUAAGCUUUGUUUGAGCUAGAUCUGAUACACAAUACUUAAACACAUUUUAUGGUAUCCUGUUGAAAAGGAUAUGUCAGCGACAAUCAUUAGUGAAUAUUCACUGUAUAGUUUAUUUAUGACUUUUAAAUAAAAACAAAUAGAAUUUUAAUGUAGUUUUAUUUUAUAACUAAUUUAAAAGAAAUGAGAACAAUGUAGCCUUGACUG